GCUGAGGAGCCGCUGCGCGCGCAGCCUCCCUACCUCUUCCGCUUCCUCUUCCGGUGCGGCCACCAGAGCGCAGCAGCUGCAGACAUGGCAAUCCGCUACCCGAUGGCCGUCGGCCUGAACAAAGGCCACAAGGUGACAAAGAACGUCUCGAAGCCACGCCAAUGCCGACGCCGUGGGCGCCUGACCAAGCACACCAAGUUUGUACGGGACAUGAUCCGGGAGGUGUGCGGCUUCGCGCCCUAUGAGAGGCGAGCGAUGGAAUUGCUCAAGGUCUCCAAAGACAAGCGGGCCCUGAAAUUUAUCAAGAAAAGGGUUGGGACUCAUAUCCGGGCCAAGAGGAAGCGUGAAGAACUCAGCAACGUCCUGGCUGCCAUGAGGAAAGCAGCAGCCAAGAAGGACUAAGCUCUGUAGCCCAAUAAAACUUUAUUUUAAAAACCCA